GCCUCUCGUUCUCCCCAUCGGCAGCUCCUCACCUAAAUCAGUUUCUCUACCUGUCUCCUCGUACUCUCUUUGCCACCCCUGCGCCAGUGACACCAGCGACACUCAUGGCGUCGGCCUCCACGGCCGUCUCGGCGCAACUGCCCGUCCUCACGCCGCUGCCCGCCUCGUACGGCGUGCCCACCUCCUCUGCUCCCAUCAGCUCCGGCGCUGAUGAAGAGCAAGGCGAGGUGCGGCUGAUGCGCUUCAGCGACAGGGUGCUCGUGCUCGUGCAGCAGUCGCGGCGCGGCAAGCAAAGGCGAGGCGUUGGAUGCUUGGUACAAGCUACGCCUUCAAGUGCGCCUCACAUUCUGCCCACGUUCGAUCCCGACCAGCUCUCCGCACCUGCAUCUCGCGCCCCAUCCGAGAAUCUCGAGAAAGUCGAGGGCGGCGUCACAUCCGCCGCUGCCGCCGCCGAUGCAGUGGUCGAUGCCGACACUUCAAGCGGUGCCGAUGCUCCGCAGCUCGCGCUUCUCUUUGGCGCGCCCACUUCCGCCGCUCAGCAGACGCUGUGGGAUGUGUACGCCUCUGCGCUGACGCAGGUGCUGGUGCGAAGGGGCGAGACACGGCCGGUGGUGUGUAGCUUGAGUCUGCUUGGCGGUGCAGGUUCGGAGGACGGAGAGGGAGAAGACGAGGAGGAGAAGGAGGGAGAGAGACUGAAAGCAACGAUCAAGGCGCUGGAGGGUUUGCUGUAGCUGAUGCGACUGCGGAGCAAUGACAAGCAAGCAUUUGAAUAUGCAC